GUCGGGAGUUCCUCAUCCCUUCACUGGCACACAGGUUCAUUGCAGAGAUGGUGGAUUUUUUCAUUCUGUUCUUUAUUAAGGCAACCAUCGUUUUAAGUAUUAUGCACCUCAGUGGAAUAAAGGACAUCUCUAAAUUUGCCAUGCAUUACAUCAUAGAAGAAAUAGAUGAAGAUACGUCCAUGGAAGAUUUGCAGAAAAUGAUGAUAGUGGCUCUCAUCUACAGGUUAUUAGUCUGCUUCUAUGAGAUAAUCUGCAUUUGGGGAGCAGGUGGAGCAACCCCAGGGAAAUUCUUGCUCGGGCUGCGAGUUGUGACAUGUGAUACAUCUGUGCUGAUUGCACCCAGCCGAGUGUUAGUCAUUCCAUCCUCCAAUGUCAGUAUGACAACGUCCACAGUACGAGCUUUGAUCAAGAAUUUUUCUAUUGCAUCAUUUUUUCCUGCCUUCAUUACACUGCUGUUUUUCCAGCAUAACAGAACAGCCUAUGAUAUUGUAGCAGGAACUAUUGUGGUCAGAAGAAAUGGAGUCAGAUGAUACCAAAAGAUGAGAUUUCUGGACUGGUUUUGAACAUCCCCUCCCACCCCAGCAAAUAAAGACCUAUCCCAGAACUGAAAUUGAGGUAUCUAUUGGAAUCUUUUGCCCAAAUUCAAUGGGAAGUGAUUCAGAAGCUAAAGAAAAUGUAUGGCUCCUGUAUGAUGCCAGCAGCUACCUUCAAAGUAUUGGAGUUUUCAUAGAUGCCAAAGAAGUUUGGGAGAGACAAUACUUAGCAAAUUCUGGGAGUGCGAACCUCCGAUUGAUGAGACAGAAAGUGGCUGUUGCAGCUGCGGAAAGGAGCUGUUCUGUUCAUCAGUCUG